UUUAUCAAUGGCUUGCACCGUGCCAUUUCGUCUCUCGAGUCUCUCCGGUUCUAAUCUCGCUUUCGCAGGCACCAGAAUUAGGGUUCCGCACAUACAUUUACCAACGGCUUCCGUUGCGAACCGGACGAGUGGACUCAGCUCUAACUCAAUGAGUCAACCCGCCGCCGCCGAUCCUAACGCUCUUGAGACAACGAAUGACGCGCCGUUGCAGCCGGAGAACACUGAUGCUGUCGUCCAGUACGUGGUGCUCCGGCGAGAUCUGAUCGACACGUGGCCGCUAGGGAGUGUGGUGACUCAAGGUUGCCACGCUUCUGUUUCGGCCGUUUGGUCCAAUAAAGACGAUCCUUUCACCGUGGAUUAUUGUAGCCCCGAUAAAAUAGAUUCUAUGCAUAAAGUUACACUUGAAGUGAAGGGAGAAUCCCAGAUCAAAAACUUGUCUGAGAAGCUUACAUCUGGUGGGAUCAUUCACAAACUCUGGAUUGAACAACCUGAGAACAUACCUACGUGCCUUGCCACAAAACCUUACCCUAAGUCAAUGGUAUCUUCGUAUUUUAAGAAGCUGAAACUCUGUAAAUGAUGUCAUGUAUGAUGUUAUUUCUAAUUUCUCUCUUUGCUCGUAAAUGGUAGAGAA